ACUCUCCCGCCCGUACGGCUGUCGCUGUACUUGCUUCACGGAGCGCUCUCGCCCUGGCCUGCCAUGCGCCACGUGUGUUCACGCUUAGGCUUAUUGAAGCAACUGGGCUAGGGGAUAGCCAACGAGGCGCGUUAGGUCGUUGAGAGCCCACUUAGCCCCCGCAGGUGCUGGAGUUUCCGCAUUGGUCUCCAAUGACGCUUUAAUAUAGAAAUAUAUAGAAUAGGUAAAUAGCAUUGGUCUGCAAGCCUCUUGGGGUGCAGCGGCUAACGCGGAGCGCAAUGGACUUUCUAAUUCGAUUUAGAGUGCCUGCGGGCAUGGUCGAUAGCGAGACCAGCAAUAAUGGGAGCACGAACGACCCCAGAGCAGCCCACGUGGAUAUCUCCCUGUCGGUCGAUCCGAAGAAGCCUCUUUCCGUGGCGUUUGAUAGGCUGUUCCAAUGCCACGUGCCCCAGUGUUGCCUGGCUCAUCAAGGUCCACGUCAGCAGCCACGUCAGCAGCAAAGCAAGGGGAAUGCUCAGGAGCACGAAGGCGGGGAAAGAAGGCCGGAAACAGCAGGAGCGCAGCAGGACGAGAAGCAGCAGGUUCGGUUUAUGGCAGUGGGACACGUAGUGUACCUUUCGCCUGGCUUAUCUGCUGAGCAAGCCAAGCUUAAAUCGGGUGCAAUCAUCCGGUUGCUUCCUGUGAAAGCUGAGGGGAAGGGGAAUGGAGGGAAGACAGCUAGUAGUCAGGAAAGCGCGUUGACAGGGGGAGGUGGUACGAGUGCUGCUCAGGCAUCAACUGCUGCUGAUGUGUCAACUGCUGCUGAUGUGUCAACUGCUGCUGAUGUGUCAACCGCUGGUGGCGAGGCAUGCCGGAACAAUCCUCCAUCUGGCCAUGUCCGUGUUUCCGCUGCUGCGCCCGCUAAGUCCGCUUCCCCCGUCGUUGCCCCCGCCAGUGCGUGUGCCACCGCUCCCUCAACGCUUCCCACAGGCCCCUCCGCUUCCACCGCUGCUGCUGCUGCUGCCACAGCUGCUUUUGCCCUCUCGCUGCAGGAGAAACAGCAGCAGCAACAGCAGCAGAAAGAGAAACAGCAGCAGCAGCAGCAGCAGCAGAAAGAGAAACAACAGCAGCAGCAAGCGCAGCGCGGCACCACGACCACCACGAGCCAUCCCUUCCCGUCCCCCUCGUCCGCCCCUCCCCUCCUCUCUCGCCCCGCCAUGCUGCACUACGUGCAACGCCACAUCGGCUGGCGCGCGGCCAUCUGCCACCUCUGCUACCACCGCACCGUCAACCCCGGGGGGUUUAAAGCCUAUGGCCUCAUGGACGUGGGCGACCUGAGGCAGGCUUUAAGGGAGAAGCUCAGCGACUGCGUCCCUCUCUCCCAGCGACCGGGUCAGUCCGACCAUGCUGUGCUGCGCUGCGAGUCGGGAGGGCUGGCAGGUCUGGCUGUGGGCUGUGCUGUUGGCGAUACCACCUGGAUCGCACCUGCUCCCAGCACUGGCAGGGGCGCUGCUGCUGCUGCUGCUGCUGCUGCCGGGGGCAUGGGUGAUAAGGCCGGGGAAGAUGGGUGGAGCGACGAGCAUGCGCCGCUGGUGACGGCAGAGGCGAUGUUUCUGGAGUGGAUGGCGGAGCCUCGAGUCGGGUGGCCCGUGGACUUGGGGGCGAUUAGAGCCCGCCUCCCCGCCAUCAUGGGCGCUGCACUCGCUGCUGGCUCUGCUACUGCAGAUGCUCCUGUUCCUCCUGUCCCUGCUGUUGCUCCUGCUGCUGCUGCCUCUGCUGCCGCCGCUGCCGCCGCUGCUGCUGCUGCGGCGGUGACUGCUGCCGCAUCUGCUGCUACAGCUGCUCUUCCUGCUGCUGCUACCCUCCCUCACCCCUCCCCCUGCCACUGCGUCACCUGCUGGGCCGCUUACCGCCACGCGGUCAGCCUAGCGACCUUCCUCGCCCUUGCGGCGCGCUGCACACGCAUCGGCACUCUUUGGCGCGCCCAUACCGCCUCCCCUAAUGCCGUCUUCCCCGCGCUCCUGCAGGCGCUAGGGGCGGGCAGGCAGGGAGAGGGGGAUAGCUUUGCGAGUGCCCUGGUGCAGGUGCUCGGGGUGAAGGGCCCUCAGGAGCUGCAGGGAGGGUUCGCGUCGCAUGUGCUUCCGCUUCUGGGGGCGGGGAAGGAGGAGCAUGGGCAGACGAGUGGGGGGUUGGCACGGGGUGAGGAUGGGGGAAAGGGGAAGGGGAAGGCUGGAAGGGGGAAGGGGGGAGGGGGAAGGAGGGGAAAUGGGCGGGGUGGGGGGGGAAAGGGGGGGAGUGGAAGAGGAGGAGGAGGAGGAGGAAGGGGUGGAGGUCGAGGGGGAGGUGGAAGCGCCAAGGGGUCCGUUGCCAGCAGCACAGCUCUUGCCAAUGGCAUUGCCAGCAGCAGCUGUGGGUCUGGCAGCAGGGGCGUGGCAGGGCAGGCAGGGCAGGGACCUCCCAAGGGCAUGUUUGUGAGCGGCGUGGCUGCCACCGACUUCGCCCUGGCUGUGGCUACCGUGCUAUCCCAGCCGCAGUUCGCCAGCAGUGCAGUCAAGAUCUUUACCGAGGAAACCAAUAACGUGUACAGAGUGAUGGUUGAGGACGCUGCUGUGGCUGAAGCAAGGGGGAAGCAAGGGGAAGGGAAGGGGGCCAGCCUCAUCCUCAAAUGGGUCCGAACCUUCGGUACAGGUCUGGACCCGCCGAACCUCUGUCUCAGGCUCAGGAAAAUGAUGCGAUCGGCAAGAGGCACGCAGGGCCAGGCCACGCAAGACGCUCGCUACCUGCGCCACCCGCUCCGGGACCUCCCGGACCUGCUGGGCAGGUCCGGCGCCAUGCCGGAGCCGCAGGACUGGCGGAGCUUCACUUCUGCAUGGGAGGAGUGGCCUGAGGGGUACGUACACCCAGGGGGGUUCUCUCCUCCCCGCCCAGCACUCCCCAGGAACGUGGUAAUGAUUUGGGAAGAAUAUGAAGUCAGUGCACUGGUGGAUCUUCUCUCGGGCAUCCUCCCUCCUCCCGCCUGCACCCGCUGCCUGGCCUGUCUCAACCGCUACCUGUUCGCGGUGGACUGCGUGGCUCUCAUCGCCACCUACUCCUUCUGCCCCGCCUCGCUCCUCCUCGCCCGCUUCCUCGCCGCCUUCCCGCCCCCCCACGCGAACUUCCUCGCGCUGCUUGAACCCAUGGGUUUGCAGAAUCCGCCCAAGGGGAUGCCGGUGGCUGCAGUGGUGGCGGAGCUGGAGAGGAGGGUGGAGAGGAGCCCCAUGCCCCUGCUGGUGUUCGGGUGCAUGCACCUGGCAGCGAGGAACGCGUGGCCCACGGCGUAUAUGACUGGGGGAGGGGCGCUCAGCCAGUCGUGUGGGAGUGCGGGCGGCAGCAGCAGCGGCAGUGGCAGGGGUGGCAACGGAAGGCAGAGAGGGAGGCAGCAGGGAGCAGUGGAGGGGCAGAGCGAUUGUUUUUCGGGGCAGCUGGCGUACCUGAGGCAGUGGCCGGGAGGGGUGAACCCCCUGGCAUGCCUCAUGGAGCUGCUGGUGGGAGGGCCCAUCCACCGCCCGCAGGACCCCGCCUUCAUGGCACAGGUCGCCCGGCAGUUUCAAGAGCUCACCACACGCCCACGCAAUCCAGGUGCGUCCGCGGCACAAGCCCAUGUAUCAGGUGCCUUUGCUGCUUCCGCUGCUGCUGCACGGGUGGCAAGGAAGCAGAGGGGAGGAGAGGCAGGGAGCGGCAGUGCUGAUGGGUGUGAGCGGCUGGUGCCGAGCAGGGUGCCGUGCUGGCUGCUGGUGCUGCUGUGCUGUUUGUGCUGCCUGUGGCUCGUGGCCCUGCUGCCAUUCUGAAUGUGUGGCUGGUAGCCGUGGUGAGCCGUGCUUGCCUGUGCUGCCGUUCUGAGUGAAGGGAUGCCUAAAUUUCCCUGUGCUUCUGUUCUGACAGUGUCACAGUGGGGAGUGGUUUGUGCGUCUGAGCUUAGCGUGCACGUUGUGUGUGCAGGUAGUUCUGGUAGGUGAAGUGUGGUGGAGGGACCUGAUGCUGGGUUCGUGGCAUGGCAGCAGUGGUACUGUACAGUGUACACUACAUUGUGCAGUGUACGGCAGUGGAUACUUCUGGGAGGGGAAUUGCCUGCGUGCAGCGUGUGAGUUGGUUCGGUCACGGUUGAAAACAGAGACCUGUUUCUCAUUGUGAUGUGUGCCUAAUGGCAUUUGAAAGACCGUUGUGUGCUUUGUACCGUAAUCCCCCGUAUAAAGCAUCCUAUGGUGU